GGCGCUGUGCCGGUGCAGGACAGCACAUGCUCCACGGCCUGCGCGCCUCCAGCACACAAGCCUCCUCGCCCGACCUACUAUUACCCAGCAGCCACCGCAGCCAGUUCACGCGAACUCCCCGUUAAGCAGCCCCGGCGCUGCUCGCAGGCGCGUUUUCUGCCAACCCUGCCGAGCCAUUCCGCCCUCGUAACUGCUAUACCUCACACGUGUGAAAUGGCUGAACUAUUAAUGGAGUGUGAGGAGGAAGAACUGGAACCGUGGCAGCAAAGAAUAAAAGAAGUUGAGGAUGAUGAUGAUGAUGAUGACGACGAUGAGCCAAUUUUUGUUCGCGAGAUUAGCGGCUCUAAGCAGAUCAACACAAAUAAUAAAACUGGACCACCACAAGGUUCGUUUCCACGUAUUGAGAAUGGAACGCCUAUAAGAGGUACUGCAGCUUCAUUUCCAUCGCCUGGUAACCACUUCAGGACCCCUGUGGCAAAUACUGGUACUCAGCCAGUUACAUCAAUCUACCAGCCAGUAACCAGACCGCCAACCAUAUCUCCCGUAGUCCAGCCACUGCUUAGGCCUGUUUGCUCACCUGAGCCCAUAAGGAGACCUCUUACUGGAUGUCUACCAGCUCAUCAACCACCAAGGGCAAAUCCAGCAAUACUGCAGCCUGCUUGCCGACCUAUUACCGUUGCUUCCAACUCUCAGCCAGCAUCUAGAACUGUUACCUUUCCUGCGGUGGCACAGCCCGCCUUGCGACCAGUUGCCACGAUAACAGCACAGCCGGUGUUAUUAAAUCAGGGUUAUAUUGUGAACUCCCCCCAAGUUUCUUCAAAUAAUUCCCCAAAUGUAAUGUAUGGUUUGCGGCCAAACAGCACUGUAGCUCAAUACCAGGGUGUGCAAACUCUCACAACAACAGGCAGUAAUGCCCCACAGGCUCGACCACUUCAACCUCUUGCCCAAAUCCGUCCGCUUUUGGCACCAGCAAGGACAGCUCUAGCAGCCAUAUAUAGGCCUACUGCUCCAGCCCAGAACAGUCUCAGCUUAGGGCAAGUACAUCAGCCUUUACUCAAUUCACAGAAAACCCAGCAAGCAACCCACGGGCAAAGCCCUUCAGCAAGUUCAAUAUGGAACGAUGGGGCACUAAUUGAGAAACGUCCAUCCCCUGUUGAGGUUACCAGCAUUUCACCGAAAAAGCCAAAAACUAGUGAAAAUGGUCCUGAAAAUCGUACUACUGCUGCUGCAACAUCAUCUCUUAAAACAACCCCACCACAAGUUUCACCCGUAAAAGGAACGACUCCAACGAAAAAUGGUGCGCCGUUCCCAAGAGCAUGUCCAAAGUGCAAUAUACAUUUCAACCUUUUGGAACCUAUGAAGAGGCAUAUGAAGUACUGUUGUCCAGACAAGAUGCAUCAUUUUUUCCUUGGUGUAACAAGCACAGAAAUCACAAGCUCUCAAGGUCAAACAGAAGAAGCAGAUAAAGGGAAGCUCAUAAUGUUUGUGAGUGACUUCUAUUAUGGAAGGCAUACUGGAGACAUACAACUGGCACAGCAAGAGCAGAAGACUCACACAACAUUCAAAUGCUUCAGCUGCCAUAAAAUUCUUAAGAACAAUAUAAGGUUCAUGAACCACAUGAAGCAUCAUUUAGAGCUUGAGAAGCAGAGCAGUGAAAGUUGGGAAAACCACACCACCUGCCACCACUGUUAUCGACAGUUUCCCACACCGUUCCAGCUGCAGUGCCAUAUCGAGACCUCGCAUACACUUUAUGAAUCCACAACCAUUUGCAAGAUAUGUGAAUUAUCUUUUGAGUCUGAGCAGGUCCUUUUGCAGCAUAUGAAAGACAAUCACAAGCCUGGAGAAAUGCCCUAUGUGUGCCAGGUAUGCAAUUACAGGUCUUCCACCUUCAUAGACGUGGACAGGCAUUUCAGAAGUGCCCAUGAAAAUACGAAAAAUAUGCUCUGCCCGUUCUGUCUCAAGGUUAUCAAAUCAGCAACGCCAUAUAUGCAACAUUAUAUGAAGCAUCAGAAUAAAGGUGUAUAUAGAUGUGCUAAGUGCAGACUCCAGUUUCUGAGUUGCAAAGAAAAAAUGGAUCAUAAAACACAGCAUCACAGGACAUUCAAGAAGCCAAAACAGUUACUGGGUCUACCUCCUGGGACAAAGGUUACAAUUCGUGCAUCUGUUGGAUCCCUAAACUCCACAUCCUGUCCUACAGCUGCAGUUUGCACAAGUCCAAACACCUCUCCGAUCCAGAUACCUUCUAAAGGCAAGACUACCAACACUAAAACCUUUCUGAGUUCUGCAUCAAAGUCAGCUGUGCAUCACCCAAAACCCAAACCACCGCCACAACCACAGCCACCACCGCCUGCUCCAAAGAAAUCAGUGACCCAAACCACCACAAAAAGAGUCAAAACAACCAAUAAUGGAUUGCGAAAACUAAGUUCAGUCUCUGGACUCCAUAAGUGCGUUGAAUGCCAGCAGGCGGUGAGAGACUUUGAAAGUCAUUUCCAUGCAUAUGUACACUGCAGUAAAUGCAAGUUCAGCACAAGCUGUACUAAAGCCUACGCAAAUCACGUGGUAAGCUUUCAUGGUAGAAAUGGUCAUAAACGGUAUAAGACUUCUAAAAAGGCGCAGAAGGACAGAAGGCGUACUACCCUGGUGUGCCGCAACUGUGAUUUCCUGACUGAUGUUUCUGGUUUAGAUGACAUGGCCAAACAUUUGGGUGAUAGUCCCACUCAUUCAUGUCAAGUUAUUACGGAGUCUGUUUCCAUAUUUUCCUCAACUCUUGAAGGAGACAUAUCUAAGUCAAGAUAUGAAUCGCCAAUAGGCCAAAUGCAAAAAUGUCAGAACAAAUCUGGAACAUGCGAGUCAAAAAUAACAAGUAAAAGUAUAGAGGAAAAUAGAUCAACUGAGAAAAUAAAAACACCAAGCAAUACUAGUGGGAAUAAUGAGGCCAAGAAAAAUAAAAACAGCGGAUACUUACAAAACAGACUGAUUACGUCUGUGGAGCAAGCAAGUGACUCUGAUAAAAUAAGUCCUGACAACUGCUUUACAGAUGUUGGAAAAGAAGAAUUGAUAGAUGUGGAUGAAGAGGAUGAGUGCAGUACUGGACAGGAUGAAGUAGCUUGCAAAGAGGACAAGUUGGGUCAAACCCCAGGAAAUGCACCUGUCACUGACAACUCCGGGCACAGUACACCAUGCCUUGAACAAAUGGAGGAUUAUAAGGAUUUAAGCCUUGUUAGUGAUGACAGCGUGAGCUUUGAACAGUUUUUAAGGAGAAGAAAUGAGCCGGAGUCUGUUAACUCUGAUAUCAGCGAACAAAGCAGUGUUCAUCUGGAGCCUUUAACGCCUUCAGAAGUUCUAGAGCAUGAGGCUACAGAAAUACUGCAGAAGGGAACACAGGCAUGUUCAAAUAGUGAAGUUGCUGAAGACACUAAAGAAAGUAGCACAGAUAAAAUGGUGGAAGACCGUGGACAAACGUGAUCUGCAAAUGAUACCCAAGAACAAUUUGGGCAUUCCCUUUUAAUGCACUGAAUAAUGGAAUCGUGUGCUAACAUGACUUUAAAAAAAAA